CCGAAGAAGCCAAGAAAAUGGAGAUGUUCUCUGCCAGUAAGACUAUACUUUUCAUUCUUGGCACCAUUGCCAUCUUCUCCUCUUCCUAUCUCUGCGUAGACGAAUUUACGACUAAUCUGGAAAGCCAAGAGAAAUACGAUGACUUAUUUGAGCAAUCCUCAGAAGACGUCCUAAACCAGAGAAAUGGUAAUUCUGAAGAACUUCAAUACUGGGGUACAGAUGGCGUAAAUGAAAUUGCAUCUGUACUGAGCAAGUAUAGUAAUUUACCAAUAGAGGUUGAGAGAGGAUUUCUGGAAGAGAGAGGCAUCAAGCCUGCUGUAAAUUUGCCCCAACGAUUUGGAAGAGGCUCUGACGACAAAGUAGCAAAGAGCGUCCCUAACCUGCCCCAACGAUUUGGGCGAUAUCUUCCUGGCAAGCCCAGUAUCCAGUCAGCAGCCAAUUUGCCCCAACGGUUUGGCAGAUCAGUGCACAGCGGCCAUUUGGUACAGUCUCUUGCUGCAUUACCUCUUAGAUUUGGAAGAGGGACACAUCUCCAGAGACUACAAUGUGAGACAAAUCCGUAUACACAAGAAAUAAAAAAUUCCCAAGAAGGCAAUGACAGGACACAGGGACUGAAUUGUGAUUAUGAGAGAAAACUACAAAUGUGACUACAAACCACGCACUUAAAUGGAUGUCAAAUAUUGAUUAGUUAUUAGCUAAAUAUGAGAUAAAAUUCUAUAAUAACUUUCAACUGUUGUUUUCCUUAGACGAGUGCAAUCUACAUCCAGAUAUACACUUCUUGUACAGUGUUGUGAAAUCUGUUGUACGGAUCUACAUGUAGUACUGGGUAAUCAGUAUUAAAAUAAUGUAAACAUAUGAUCAAUUAUUGUUCUUAAAAAAUAAGGAAGCAAGAAUACAAAAUGUGUGAAUUAUUUGUCCAAAACGUGUUAUUUUAUUAAAGAGCUUUUAUUGCUGAAGCA